UCAUUUUCCUUUCAGGAUCUUCUGAAUCUUGCGACGGAGCAGCAAAUUAGCAAUAUUGAAGCUAUUCAAACUAGCAUUAGUCCGGACAGUGGCGCCUAUCUUUUGUUAACAUCUGGCUCAACUGGACAACCAAAGGCUGCAUUGCUGUCACACUUUGCGAUAGUAAACAACGCAAUUCAUUCUGCCUAUAGAAACGAGCUUGACCGUAAAGAUCAUCGCAUUUGUUUGCACGUGCCAAUGUUUCAUGCGUAUGGAUUAGUAAAUGGACUAUUCUCAGCCUUAAACUACGGAUCCACGAUCGUUGUCCCGAGCGCUGCAUUUAAGGGUAGUGAUUCCUUGAAAGCAAUAAUCAAUGAAAAGUGUACUGUAGUCUAUGGUACACCCACAAUGUUUGUGGAUAUUCUCGCUGAGAUCCGUAAGCAAAAAGUUAAGUCACCUCCGAUGGAUCUUGCGAUCGUCGGAGCAGCUUCCUGUUCUUCGCAGUUGCAACUUAACAUUCAGAACACGCUGGGUAUUCGAUGUGUCCGAACCAGUUACGGUAUGACGGAAACGACUGGCGUAGCAUUCCUGUGUGACCGCGGCAACAAGACAGAGUCUUCAUUGGAUACGGUGGGACGUAUCAUGGAUCACUACGAGGCCAAGGUGGUCGACUCUGAAGGCAAGAUCGUUUCGUUCGGAAUGGCCGGAGAGCUUUUGAUCCGAGGCUAUGGAAUCAUGCUGGGAUACUGGAGUGACGACCUGAAAACCAAACAAAUCCUCGGCAAUGACGGGUGGCUUCGUACGGGAGAUCAGUUUGUGCUACAACCUGACGGGUAUGGACAAAUUGUAGGUCGAAUCAAGGAGAUAAUUAUUCGUGGUGGGGAGAACAUUUACCCCAAGGAGGUUGAGGACGUGCUGAACUCUAUUCCCGAAAUAUUGGAGUCGUACUGCAUCGGUGUUCCAGACGAACGGCUUGGAGAGGAGGUUUGCGCUUACGUUCGGUUGGUGGACAUGGUAGAGUGUAGCCAGUUUGAUAUCGCACGAAUGAAACUGUUUUGCCAAGAUAAGUUGGCAUACUUCAAAAUUCCAAAGUACCUCAGAAUUGUCGAAGAGAUGUCUAAAACUUCAACCGGGAAGAUACAAAAGAUGGUGCUUCUGAAAAUGUUUUUGUCAGAAAAUAAAUAAAAAAUAGUUGUUCUG